AUAAUUACAAGGAGAAACGUUCAUUUUCUCCUACUCUGUCUCUCUCCGUUCACCGAAGACAUAUUCAUUUUCUAUCUCUCUCUUACUGGAGAACGCACACGAGGACUCCUGUUGGCGAACUUCAUCAGGGUGUUCUUCUUCUUGUUCAUCAGGCCACAGUCAUAAGCCCUCCUCUUCGAUUUGGUGGGAGGAAGACGAUCCAUCCUUGGUGAAGUAUAUAAGAACGCUUGAUUCGACCUGAAUCUGUACAGAGCAAUUAUCGCCAUCGUUUCGCGAUACAUCAUCUCUCGUCAUCUAGUGUUCGAAAACGUUGCUCCUGUAGGACUCAACUUCGCGAGGAACCUAAGGGAUUAACAAGGAUCCAGCUGGCAGCGACAUGAGACCGCAGCUCGUCGUGACGUUGCUUGCCUUAGCAAGUGUGUGUUACGCAGCACGUUUAGAGAACACGUAUCUUCCACCCGGUAGCGCAGGAACUGCAGGUGGAGCAGGAUUUAUCAAGGCGCCAAACAGGGGCGGUGGUAGUCCUGGUGGUCCUGGUAGACCAGGUAGUUUUACUGGCAGAGGUGAUGGUAGUUAUCAACUUGGAAGUAGUAGUGGAGUUAGACCAGGUGAUGGAGUCAGACCAGGAGGUGGAGCAGAUAUACCGAUCAUUUCGUUCAAUAACGAAAACGGCGGAGAUGGCAAUUAUCAGUUCAGUUAUGAAACAGGAAACGGUAUUAGUGCGCAGGAAACGGGUCAGUUGCAAGGAGAAUCUGAAGCAGUAAGUGGCUCGUUUUCUUACACUGGGCCUGAUGGUGUCCAAUAUUCGAUCACUUACACUGCCGACGAAGAAGGCUUCCAUCCACAGGGUGCCCAUCUUCCAACACCUCCUCCUAUUCCACCAGAAAUUCAGCGAGGUGUUGAACUUUCACUUGCAGCUGAAGCAAGAGGAGAAAAUCAGGAUGGUGGUGGCUACGGUGAUGGAAAUCAUGGAGGAAGAGGAGGUGGUAAUCGUGGUGGUUCUUAUCAAGGUCCGAAUUCUUAUCAAACAAGUUCAGGUGUUGGUACUGGUGGGUAUCAAUACUGAACAUCACGUUCGUGAAAAUACGACGAUAACGACGAAAUGAUGUCCGCUAAUAUACUCGUUUUAUUGCAACGAUUGCAUUCUUAAGCGGAUCUAUGUAUAUAAAAUUUAUCGUUCAUGGUAGUAGACACACAAUCCUUAAUUUUUUUUCUAUUUUUUUUUAUUUAUACAGAAUCUCUAUUUUUCUAUAACAUUCUUAGUAUUAUACAAUUGCUUUGUUCGAAAACCAUAGUGAAUCAGAUACACUAUAUAAUUUGCAUUUCUUUAUUUUUUUUUACGAAUUCGUGAACUUUACCAUAAUAAUCGUAAACUGUUUUAUAAAGAUACACACACAGACACAUAUAUCUUAAUGUUAUAAUUUCUGGAAUAUGAAUCAU